UGUUUGAGUAGGUGAUCUAAUGCAACAUCCCUAAAUUCACAUCCCGCAACAAAGCGCGGGCACUGUUGCUAGUACCCAACUAGAAAAGAGUUAGACUGUUAGGUUGGAGACUUCGGGCCAAACAUAUACUGUUCACUCUCUCUCUCUGCGCCAAAGGUUUUCACUCUCUCUCUCCCUCACUCUCACUCUCUCUCUCUCUCUCUCUCUAACAGAUUUCCAGCCACAAAGCAAAACCUUUGAAACGUUUAGUGCGCUACUGAUGGAAAAUCAACCAAAUACCCGGAGGCAUUCUCAAAUUGAUAGAGAGCCACCCACCUACAAAGAAACUGUGAUCACUGGUGCUUCCAAGCAUGCUGUGCUGUAUAAUGUAGUAUCAAAUUUAUUUUGGGCGCUUUUGGAUUUGCUGAUUUCAAUAUGGAGAUUUGGAUUUGGAAGGCAGAAACCUAGCACUACUGUUUCUGGUAAUCAAGCAGUUAGUGGAAACACCAGGGACCAAAAUGGAAGUUUCCCUGUUGGCAACACUCCGCAGAAGCAUGCUCGGAAAAAAGUCAAAGCCAAUUCCAGCUAUUCCUCCACCAAUGCGAAGUCGAGUCCUUCUCAAACACAGAUCACCAAAGACGACAAACCUAAAGAUGAUCAGAAACCUAGCACUACUGUUGGUAAUCAAGCAGUUAGUGGAAACACCAGGGACCAAAAUGGAAGUUUCCCUGUUGGCAAAACUCCGCAGAAGCAUGCUCGGAAAAAAGUCAAAGCCAAUUCCAGCAAUUCCUCCACCAAUGUGAAGUCAAGUCCUUCUCAAACACAGAUCACCAAUCAGAAACCUAGCACUACUGUAUCAGGUAAUCAAGCAGUUAGUGGAAACACCAGGGACCAAAAUGGAAGUUUCCCUGUUGGCAACACUCCGCAGAAGCAUGCUCGGAAAAAAGUCAAAGCCAAUUCCAGCAAUUCUUCCACCAAUGCGAAGUCGAGUCCUCCUUCUCAAACACAGAUAACCAAAGACGACAAACCUAAAGAUGAUCAGAAACCUAGCACUACUGUUUCCGGUAAUCAAGCAGUUAGUGGAAACACCAGAGACCAAAAUGGAAGUUUCCCUGUUGGCAACAGUAGCAAUUCCUCCACCAAUGCGAAGUCGAGUCCUCCUUCUCAAACACAGAUCACCAAAGACGGCAGACCUAGAGAUGUUCAGAAACCAAGCAUUACUGUUUCUGAUAAUCAAGUUAGUAGAAACACCGGGGACGAUAAUGGAAGGUUUUCUGUUGGCAACGCUCGGAAAAAAGACAAAGCCAGUUCAAGCAAUUCCUCCACCAAUGCUAGGUUGAGUCGGCCUUCUCAAACACAGAUCAGCAAAGACGACAAACCUGAAGAUGAUCGGAAACCUUGUAUUGUUGUUUCUGGUAAUCAAAUUAAUGACAACAAAGGGCACGGUAAUGGAAUUUUCUCUGUUGGCAACACGUAAGCAGGUUGUUGUAAACAUUCAGUGAUGUCAAACGAGACUCUCUAGAUCUAUGAAGAUAUUGGUCAAACCAGAAAACCAUCGGUUAUUAAAUUAACCGGACAGUGAAGUUGACAGAAAAUGACUAUAGUUUGGUGUGCAAUUUGUAUUUGACAUGCGUCCUGUUUUCCGGGUAGAUAUGCAUAGCUCAUCUGUUUUUCUUGAGUAAACGUAUUGUAAUGAUA